UAAUUAUAGUAAUCAUGGUAUUAGGCGAAUAAAAGCAUAACAGCAGUUAUUGUCUUUUUAAUAAUAACAUUACUCUUUUUUGCUCAUAUAUAUUUGUAAAAUAAUUAAUAGAGUAAGAAAAAAGUGCCCCGGAAUUUGAAAAUUUUGUUUAAACAAAUUUAAUCAGGUUUAUUAAAUUUAUACAACAAUGGAGUCUCGUACAGAAUUUAAAUUAAAGUCACCGCCGUCAGAUGCGAUCUCGGCAGUAGAAUUUGGUCCGAAUUCUACUCAAUUUCUUCUUGUUUCGUCAUGGGACAGUACUGUUCGAUUGUAUGAUAUUCAUGCAAAUUCUUUGAGGCUGAAGUAUAAUCAUGACUUACCUGUACUAGACGUGGCCUUUCAGGAUGCAGUACAUGCUUACAGCGGUGGUUUAGGAAACACAUUGAAAAUGUACGACAUUAAUACUAACUCAGAAUCCGUAAUGGGAGCACACGACAAACCCAUCAGAAAAGUAGAAUACUGUGGGGCAGUGAAUGCAAUAUUGACUGGAGGUUGGGACGCUGCAGUAAAACUUUGGGAUCCAAGAAGUCCCACAUGUGUGGGCAGUUAUCUUCAACCUGACGUAGUUCUCGCAUUAUCAGUCUGUGGAGACAAAUUUGUAGUCGGCACAGCGAAACGAAAAGUGUGCAUAUGGGACUUGAGAAAUAUGGCUGGCAUGUUCCAGCGUCGAGAAAGCAGUUUGAAAUACCAGACAAGGUGUAUCAAGGGUUUCCCCAACGAACAGGGUUAUGUCCUGAGUAGUAUAGAAGGUCGCGUGGCAGUCGAAUACCUCGACACAACUCCAGAAGCACAGAAGAAGAAGUACGCCUUCAAAUGCCACAGGAUAAAGGAAAACAAUGUAGAGCAUAUUUAUCCCGUAAACGCAAUAAGUUUCCACUCCAUAUACAACACAUUCGCGACAGGUGGUUCCGACGGAUACGUGAACAUCUGGGACGGUUUCAACAAAAAACGGCUUUGCCAAUUCCACAGGUACAACGCAGGAGUAGCCGCACUCAGUUUCAGUCAGGAUGGAACUGUUCUCGCAAUAGGCGUUUCAUAUCUCAACGAAGCCGAAAUUCCUCCUGGCGGUUCUGACGAACAGGAAAUUUACAUAAGAUACGUCAACGACCAGGAAACUAAACCUAAGUCUCCUGGCAUGUAAGGUUCCUUUCCUUUGGAGUUAAUCACCAGGGUUUACUCAUGGCUGAUACAUAAUUUCGUUUCUGUAUGUUGAAGUGUAUAUUGCGGAGUUGUCUUUUUAAUUAUAUGACCUAACUUCAUUUCUAUUUUGGAGUCUUUCAUAAUAAAAGGACUUUAUACACAAACAAAUACGUAUAAUUUUUAAUUCUAAGAGUAUAAUGCAGAAGGGGAAUUUGAAAUAAACUUAUUCAUCUUGAUUUAACAUUUUAUUAUAAUUUUUUUUUAUUUAUCAUCAUAAUCAAUUGUAAAUGAUGCCCGAAACUGGAAACUAGUUUCAAGUCCACGAAGGCUCAAAUUCCAUUCUCUGAAGUAAAUUUUCUCAUUGAUUCUCAACUUGAUCUAUUGAUAACAAAACAAAAUGAACUCAAUUGACUAUAUACGUAUAAAUUUCAAACCGACAUUAUAAAAUAAUAACGUUUCCAAACACUCAUUGUCAAUGGAAGACGAUAACAAAUAUAUUCACUUUAAAACAUCUAUCAGACACCAUCGAGUGAUUCUAAAAAUAUUGUGCAGAAGAUAUUGUCAUAGUUAAGUCAUCGACUCAUCGUUCAUGGCACAGACCAUAAUUGUAUUUUUUCCCCGAGUGACAAUAGAAAGUAAUAAAAACAAAGAUUACUA